AUGCCGGUGCCUCCCCUCUCGGGGCCCGUACCGCGUCCCAUCCAAACACUGGGAUCGUCCCCGACCUUCGAUAUCGCCCGCUGCUCCAGAUGCCAGCAAUCGCUCAGUUUGGCAGGUCCAGCUGGCUUUGGCGCCGUGCAGUUCGGCAUGAAUUCCUACUACUGUACUCGAUGCGCCACCAAGGUCGGUUUCGUGCGAUGA